GUUCCUAACACACGUUAUUACGGCUCUAGAACGCCACAACACGCGACGCGCGCGUUUCGAACGUAGUGCACGAUCCCGCGACCGGUUCGAAGCAGCCGAUGAGCGACCAGUGACAUCUCGAUAAUUUGUGCUCUGUGUGACUUAAAGUGAAACGCUCAGUGCAUUUGUGCGAGUUAUGGAUUACCGCGGAUCUUUCUUCGCGGAGUGCUGACGACCGUCGGGCCUCGUACCCGACGUGUGCCCCGGCGCCGCCAGCCCGGACGCGGCACCAUGCGCGCCUCCGCGGUGCUCUUGGCCCUGCUAGGGUUUCUGCCCCAGGUGCUGACGUCUGGUUUUUUUGAACUUAGGAUAAAAAGUUUUACGAACUCCUUGGGUAGGUUAAGUAGUGGCCAGUGCUGUGAUGGUUCCUCAAAAAGUGAUGCGCCGUGUUUGGCGCCGUGCAGGACUAAGUUCCGAGUGUGUCUCAAGAUUUAUCAAGCCAACAUCGACACGACGUCGCCGUGCACCUUCGGCGACAUCACGACACCGGUUUUGGGCGGGAACUCAUUGGACGUGCCCAACCUCAACGUGGAAGGAUUCAGCAAUCCGAUCGUGUUCCCCUUCGACUUCACGUGGCCGGGCACAUUCUCGCUUAUAGUGGAAGCGUGGCACGACAACAACGACACAUCCAGAACUGACGAUGCGUUAAUCGGCCGAAUGACGAAGCAAAGUGUGGCCGAUGUCGGAGGUCCGUGGAUAGAGGAGGAGCAGCGUUGGGGAGGUCCGUCCGAAGCGCACUUAAGGGUUUCGUUCCGAGUCACCUGCGCUCCCCAUUACUACGGUGCCGGCUGCGCUGUGCUGUGCCGGCCCCGGGACGACAGCUUCGGCCACUACACCUGCUCGUCUGCCGGGGAAAUCGUGUGCCAGGAUGGAUGGACCGGAGACUAUUGUAGCAAACCAAAAUGCCUGGCCGGCUGCGACUCCGAGCACGGUUACUGCACCAAGCCCGACGAAUGCAUAUGUCACUCGGGGUGGGUGGGCAAACGCUGCGAUAAGUGCGAGCCGCAUCCGGGAUGCGUCCACGGGACCUGCUCGAGGCCCUGGGAUUGCAUCUGCAAAGAAGGUUGGGGUGGACUUUUCUGCAACCAAGAUCUGAACUACUGCACCAAUCACCGACCGUGCAGAAAUGGAGGCACUUGUCUUAACACCGGCCAAGGCAGUUAUACUUGCGUGUGUCCACCUGAGUAUACGGGAUCGGACUGCGAGAAGUCUCUACACUCAUGCGCCGUACGCCCUUGUCUCAAUGGAGGCCUUUGCGUACCAGAUGAAGGUGGCGAACUUUCUUGUACUUGUCCCCAAGGAUACGAAGGAGCGCGCUGUGAGACGCGGCGACUUACCUGCUUUGAUCGACCUUGUCACAACGGAGGAACCUGUGAACCGAAAUCCUCCGGCUACGUGUGUGUGUGUCCGGUAGGGUUCGCGGGCACGGACUGCGCCCUCGAAGCCGACCCCUGCGCCGCCAACCCCUGCCGCAACGGAGCCACCUGCUCCCGAGCAGGCAACGGCUUCAAAUGCACGUGCAGAACAGGCUUCAGAGGCAACCGAUGCGAGAUUGACAUAGACGACUGCGCCGGCAUAUUGUGCGAACACGGCGGAACCUGCGUCGACCUUGUUAACGGACAGAAAUGUCAGUGUGCUCCCGGAUUCCUCGGCCCCCGCUGUGAAACUCGAGUCGACAUGUGUUUGACAAAACCGUGCGCAAACGGCGGCGAGUGCCUAGUUCUAGACAACGACUACGGGUGCCGGUGCCGGCCUGGCUUCACCGGCAAGGAUUGCAGCAUCGACAUCGACGAAUGCGCCUCUUCGCCGUGCCGGAACGGAGGAACGUGUCGCGACCGAGUGGACGGGUACAGAUGCGUGUGUCCGCACGGAUGGGGAGGGCGCUCUUGUACCGUGUCGCUGUCGGAGUUGGCAGCGAAACAGGCAGGCGGACACUUGCCGCGCGUAGGUGAUUCCGACGAAGAGGAGCGGCUGUCGGCGCAGCAGGUGGCGUGGAUAGCGGCGCUGGGCGCUCUGGUGCCGGCGGGUGCGGGUGCGGCUGCGCUGGCCGUGGUGUGCGUCCGGCGCCGGAGAGCGCGGGCGGCCGCCGCUGCCGACGCGGAGGCGCGCGCCCAGAACGCGGCCAACGCGGGCGGCGGUCACGUGAUCCGCAACACGUGGGGCAAGUGCGACGCGCCGCCCCCCGAGUGUCAGAACGCGCACAACGCAGCCGCCGAGGAGUGCAAGCGCAAGACGCUCAACACCGAGAGCGCGCGCCUGCUCGCCGCGCUUGAUCCCCGACUCUCCAGGCUCUCCGCGGACUCGGCGUAUUGCGCGAAUAGCGAUACGUCGUUAGUGAAGCGGGCGCUGGAGGGCGGGGGGGUGUACGUGCUGGACGACCACUGCUUGCCGCCGACGUUCGCCACGCAAGUGUAGUGCUCGACGAGACUGGACACGAUAAUUUAUUUAUUACCGAACGGACGCUCUCGCGAUUCAGGCUGUGCGCCGCGUGUAAAUAUAGCGUAAAGUGUAAAGUGACCCCUGUAUAGACGGCUAGGUGUAAGCAUUCGGAUGUAUUUAUUUGUGAGUGCGAUUCGUACGCCCCCUGUAUAUAGUAUUGGCGCGACGGAUCGCCAGUUCCGGCCCUGAGCACGAGUCCGUGACGUCACGCGGCGAGUCCGGGGCCGAGUGGUGAGUCCACUGUCUGCGAUCUCUGUAGGUAACGUGCGAGCCACGCGCCCAAGCGCUGCGAUCUGCGAGGACACGCACUAGGGGCGAUACUAGAUCUCUGCGUUUUAAUAGAUGCCAUCGUCAUUUACGUUGUGCUAUAAGAAAAUUUAAUUAGACUAAAAAAAAGUUUUAACCGUUUCAGUUUUAUAUGAUAGAUUUGUUUUAUGAAUUGUGUUGUCGAACCGACCGGCUCCGCGCGAACAUUCCAGAGCCAGCGCGCGCCGGUCCCGUACCGCCCCUACGAGCGAGCGCACAACUGAUGCUAUCCCUCUCGACUCGCACCGACAUACAAACCAAACCGUGCGUUAAAUAAGUUUUAGACUAAUUUAUAUUUAAAAUAAAUAAAAAACACGCUAAUUAUGCGUUCAUCACUUUUAUAUUGAUUUAUUAUUGUUUUUUUCUUGUGAUUUAACUAAUUAUUGUCAUUUGUUCCUAUGAUUAUUGUAGUGAAUGAUAAAAAAAUCUUGUUGCGAUUUUCUUGAAAAUCGACUUUGAUUUUUUUCCUUCUUUAAGCUGUACGGAUGUAAUUCAGUUAGCACAAUAAUGUAACGUUCCUGAUACAGCGAAAGUCAUUUUUGUAUUGCACAUAUCGAUCGAUUCGUGUGUGUCGUCAAAAAUCACUUUCGCGUCACAAAAAUGUAAACAUCACGCACGUAAUUAGUCCAUAGGUUUAACAACUUCAGUACUUAUAAGAAACAAAUUGUCGAAAGCUAAGUCAUUGUGUAUAAAAAAAAAACUAUUAAGUUUUAGUGUUGUAAGUAUAUUCUCCAUUACUUGUAAGAGUACUGCGACAAUAUAAGAAGCGUCAGGAGGCAACAUAGGAGGUAUUCCAGGUUGUUUUAACUUAUUUAUUUUUUUAAAUAGGUGUGCAGCUGCAGUUUAUUUACACUUUCGCCACUCGACCCGGCUCGCGCCCCGCGGGACGCGGUCCGGGCCGACUGCGGAUCCAUAUGAAAUAAUUUAUGUUAAAAUACACUUAUGAGACCUGUAGAUAUUACGAUAAGUGCUAGAUUAUAAUCGUAUGUUGCCUUUUGUACACGAACGUAGAUUAAUGAAGGUUAAAUCGACAAAAUUGUAAAAUUUAUAUCAAACUAUGAAUAGACUGAUGACCAAUAAUAAUUGUUCUUGUAUUUAAUUUUGUAAGAUGACAAAACGGUACGUUUAAAUUAUGAUAGAAUCGUUAAUGGAAAUUACCAAACUAUUUGUAAAGUUAUUAGUGUCACGUUUUUGUACUUAAAAUUGAUCACGAAUUAAACUAACUUUCAUUUUUCUUUUUGAGAAGUUUUAAAUAUUGAUUGCGUCUCAAUUGUUUUUCAUUCCGAGCAAUAAAAUGACAGUAUUUUUAAUUUAUUUAUUAUGCCUGUAUUAUAUUAAAUGUGAAUUUGCCUUAAAUUUUAUAAAUAAAUCAUUGUUUAAUUAUUUUUUGUACUUAAGUUUACAAUUGACUGAAUGCUAUUAAUUGAUUUGUAUUUUGGACUCCUUUUUAUUGAAUCAUUAAUGUAAUACAUAUUUUGCUUGCAUUGUGUGAAUAUACUAAGAGUUAAUUCUCAAAUCAUUCCAUUCCUAAACUAGGUUGCCUUAUGUAAUCUUAAUUAUAAUUUUGUCUAUUAUCUAAGUCUAUUUUGCAUGUAAAACCAGUAAAUUAAUCUAUUUUCUCGUCUUUAAGAAACCUAGUGUCUUUCUUAACUUUUGGUAUAUUCACAUGGUUUUUCGAUUUCAAAAGAAAAAUGAAAGCAAAAGAAACAGUGAAUUCUAUAUUUAGCUACUACCUGAAUAAAAGUCAUAUUAUAUUUGCUAUUGCGGUGAUAAUUUUGCCAGCGAGUGUGUGACGAAUGUGUAAUUAUGUGCAGUGAUGCAGCGAGGAUAAAAUGUUAAUAAACAAUUGUUUAC